GGACGAGCUGCAAAUCUAUGUAAUACUUAUACUUUGGACUAUGAUGCUGGAGAUCUCCUUCCUGAGACCGGAGCACAACACAACAGAUUGUGCAGCAUUACUGCCCUGGGUACCACAGAUGUCCAGUUACGUUUGAAUCUCCAUGUGGCACGGUGUUUUGCAGUGUGCCCCUCGCUGAGAAGUAUAUAUUUUGCUGCAGUCCAAGACAACACAGCUAACAUUUCAGGCAACAUGAUGGCAUAGCUGAAGGCUUUCCUUGUGCUUCUUCCCCUAUGUGUAAAGUCCCCUGCUCUUAUAAAGCCUUGAAAUUGAAUAAACGAGCACCUGCCCCCAGCUUGGCCUGAGAACCCCUCUCCUCUAAUUCAUGAGCCAGCAGGAUGUGGUCGCUGUGCUUUCUGAACGUCUCCUCGUAGCUGCAUACAAAGGACAAGUGGAUAAUGUGGUGCAGCUUAUCAACAAGGGGGCCAAGGUAGCGGUAACCAAGAAUGGACGAACCCCGUUGCAUCUUGCAGCUAACAAAGGUCAUCUGAAUGUGGUACAGAUUCUGUUGAAAGCAGGGUGUGAUCUUGACAUUCAGGAUGAUGGUAACCAGACAGCAUUGCACCGGGCAGCAGUUGUCGGAAACAGUGACAUACUUGCAGCACUGAUUCAAGAAGGAUGUUCUUUAGACAGACAAGACAAGGAUGGUAACACGGCUCUCCAUGAAGCUGCUUGGCAUGGAUUCAGCCAGUCUGUCAAACUGCUUGUUAAAGCAGGAGCUAAUGUUCUUGCCAGAAACAAGGCAGGUAACACGCCUCUUCACCUGGCCUGCCAAAAUGGGCAUUCUCAAAGUUGCAGGAUCCUAUUGCUUGCUGGAUCACGGGCAGACCUAAAAAAUAAUGCAGGAGAUACGUGUCAACAUGUUGCAGCUCGAUACAAUCACUUGUCCAUCAUUCGAGUUUUGCUAAGCGCAUUCUGUUCUGUCAAUGAAAAAAACCAGGCUGGUGAUACUCCCCUCCAUGUUGCAGCUGCACUAAACCAUAGAAAGGUUAUCAAAGUUCUUCUGGAAUCAGGGGCUGAUGCAACACUGGUAAACAAUGCUGGUCAGAUUGCUUUGGACACAGCUAGACACCACAAUAACUCAGAUGUGGCCCUACUUCUUACCAAAGCACCACAGAUUUUGCGAUUCAGCCGUGGCAGAAGCUUAAGGAAGAAACGAGAGAAACUGAAAGAGGAGAGACGUACUCAGUCUGUCCCCAGGGAAGAUGUUGGAGAUAGUAAGGCCAGUAUUUCAGCCCCUGAUGACACCCAUAGCAGUGAAAAUGCAGCUUUUAAACAGGCAGCUGGUAAAGAAGAUCCUCAACUUGCUGCAUCAGGGUCAAAGCAGAGGAAGAGUAGAAGGCCAAAAACAAAAGAAAAGAUUUCUGCUUUUUCAGACCCUACAUCACCAGCAGAUCAGCACACAUUUGUGGGAGCCCAGCAGGCGAAUCAUAAUCAAAGAAAGAGAAGUAAACAUAGAGGUUCCUCACCUCCCUUUUCUCCCCAUGAGGCCAGAGCAUAUCAACUUUAUACACUGUACCGGGGCAAAAAUGGGAAAGUUAUGCAGGCCCCAAUCGAUGGAUGUCGCUGUGAGCCUCUGAUAAGCAAACUGGAAAAUCAGCUGGAAGCCACAAAAGAAGAAAUAAAAGCUGAGAUUAACAUGGUUCAGGAUCAGGUCAAUGCAAAAUUAGGACAAAUGGAGAGUAAAACGCAGCAUCAGCUGCGUGUUUUAGAUAAGCUGAUGAUGGAGCGAAUAUCUGCAGAGAGGGCUGAAUGUGUCUGUCGUCUUGAACAGCAUGCAGACACUGAAAAAGAUGAAGUUGAAAAACGCCAGGUAUCCGUUGUGAAUGAGUUGAAAACGUGGUGUAUAUUGAAGAUUCAGAAUCUGGAAGUGAAGUUUUCUGGAGAAUCAAGAUUAUCCAAAAUUAAAUCAUUGCCGUCAACCUGCGAGUCCGCCAAACAUCCCAGCUCAGACAGUCCAAGUUUUUCUAAAGAGUCUAAUUCUACUGAAACAUCAGCAUCCCUGCUGUCUUCCAUUCAGCAUUCCCAAGUUAUUCAUCCCUCCAGCUUAUCUGAUGAACCAGAGAAUCUGACAGAGGAGAACUGCAAAAAAGUCAGCUUGUUGCCACAACAGGAGCCUACGGAGUGUACAUCUUUAGGGCAGCAGUCUGCUCCUGUUUUUUUUCAAGCAGUGAGACCUAAAGAAAAAGCAUCAAGUUCUGCCCCUGUCAUUAAAUUACAACAGGGACAAUCUUCAAUCAACCAACAGAAUUUUAAACAUAUGAAAAGUUCUUCCACACCGAAGCCCAUGCCAGAAUCAAAAUUAUCUGAGAAACAGACUGCCAAUCUCAUGGAGAGAGGGACCCAAACAAGAAAAUGUGGAAAAAAUGUGAAACAGAGAAGCCAUAUGCCAGCACCCCAAAUUCCGCAGCAGCCCUGCAGUACAGAUGGAGAACAGACUGCAAAAAAAACAGACACUUCACAAGCUUUGGAAAUUACACAGUAUUUUUUUGAAGCUGUGUCUACUCAGAUGGAAAAGUGGUAUGAACGAAAGAUAGAAGAAGCCAAAUCUCAAGUGGCUCAAAAGGCAGAGGAAGAUAAAGUAGCCUUACAUCAGCACAUUCAAGAUUUAGAGGAACAACUGAUGAAGCUACAGACUAAAUUGCAUGAAGAGAGUUAGCAUCAAAUCGCAGGAAACUGUAUAUUGGAUUAAAUGCCUUUGUCUAGAUUUGAAUGUCAGUAACUGAUUUCAUAUUAUGCUUUAUUAUGCCCUACAGAAAAUAAUGAUCACUGUGUGUGAAAUGUCAAACUGAUUUGGGGUUUAUUUGAGUAGGUAGAUAACUUGAAAGCCCCUCCCCAUCCAUAUAUACUCCUGUUUUUCCUGUUGGCUUCUUUUUCUGUUUUGAGACAGUAAAGGCUGAUUGUUAUUAUGUCAGAGAGAUUAAUUCAUUUCCAAGGUUCUCUACUUUCUGAUUCAGCAAAAUAAGGAUAACUACAGAUGCUCUCAAGUAUUCCCUGCUUCUAGUCUUCCUAGGUAUAUAUUUCUUCAAUGAAUUGUUUCUCUGUUCAGGAUUUUUUACAGAUAUCUUGAAUUUGAACUAGACCUAAAUCUUCUUCUGUCUCUACCCUAAUUAUCACAAAGGUUUAGAUUUUGGGUCCCCUCAUGGAAGUCAUCCCUUUUUCUACUGACUUUUCCUAUUUUCCUUGCUGUUGGAUGAUGAGCAUGGUUUAUUAUUCAAUUUAAUUUGCCCAUUCAGACCAAUAAUUUGCUGAUGUAGUCUAUCUAGCCAUUCAUUGAUGGAAGUGGUUGGACGUGUUUUUGUUUUAUCCUAUAGCUGUGAUUUUUCUCAGGAAUGUGAAUCUCACCAUACAAGGCUAUCCCAAAGUUUGUUAAUGAAAAGCGGAUACUCCAGGGAUAGAAUUUCACUGCAUCUAAAUUGGUCUAUAUUGUCAGUAGAAGUCUUGGGUGUGGUCUGAUUUCCCUAAAGGUACUGGAAGGGUUAGCUUCCUAAGUAGCCUCUCCUGUUUUCCUUCAGCUAAGAAUUAUUUUGUCUAUAAAUUACCUACAUUUUUUUAGAGUUAUCGUCAGAUUCAGCCUGACCGGAUUGGUCUCAGUGGGGUUUUUUUUAGCCUUUCGCAUUCCAGAUCUUCAAAUAUGAGAGGAAGACUUUAUUCCAGGGGAAUGAUCUUCAUAGAUAUUUUUUUUUAGGGAAUCUUUUAAGUUUGGAGUAGCUGAAAAACAGAUAUGAUGGAGCCCAGUUAAAUUGCAAAGUUCUGAAAUGCUGUGCCAGAAACAGUGGUUUUCAUGGAUUUGCUAUACAUGCUUAUAUGGUAUUUCCAUAUUUUUUUUUUUAUAAUAUUUUGUCUUUUUUCUAAAUAGUUGGCUUUUUUGUGUUAUUUAUAAAUUUAAACCAGACAAACAGAAUAUAUUCCACUUGGCGAUAGUGGGGCUCAGGAGAGGUUGCAUUUCAGUUUGUUUUCUUAUAGAAGUAGUUAAAAAGAGGAUGACGAUUCAACCUCUGGAGGUGCGCUACAUGUCGAGCAAUCCGGAUCCCACACUGUGGACAGAAAACGUAGGCUGCUCUCUCAAACAAUCCAGAAACAAACAAGAGACUCCUAGAUAGGAACAAAGAGGCGCCAAUAGGGUGAUAACGUAUAGACAGAAUCAAUAUCAGCAAGC